AUGGCCGAGGCCACAAGUGGUCACCGCGAAUCGGAGCGCACCUGCUGGAUCUGCUUUGCCACGGAGUCGGAGAACCGUUUGGCCGUCUGGCGACAUCCGUGCCAGUGCCGCGGCAGCACCAAGUGGGUGCACGAGAGUUGCCUCUAUCGCUGGAUCGAUGAGAAGCAGAACGGCAAUUCCCGCAUGAAAGUCACUUGCAUGCAAUGCCGGGUGGAGUACCUCAUCAUAUUCCCGCAGGCAGGUGCGUUCACUAUGCUGCUGGAGCGGGCGCAGGAUGUGAUACGGCAGUGCAGUCCGUUUGUUGCCGCCAGCGCCUUUCUCGGCUCCAUCUACUGGACGGCGGUGACUUUUGGUGGCAUAACGGUGCUCCAGGUGCUUGGCCAGCAGCGCGGCAUGGAGCUGAUCGAGCGCGGCGAUCCGUUCUUUCUGCUCGUCGGCCUGCCCUUCAUACCCGUCGGCCUCAUCCUAAGCCGCCUCAUACGCUGGGAGGAGGCGCUGCUGCGCCCAAGCCCGCCCGCCCGGCCGCCGCAUUGUUAUCUCUCCAGCCGCUGGUGCCGACGACCGGCGGACUUUGCCCGCAUCUUCUGUGGCGCCAUAUUGCUGCCCAGCAUUUCCAUGCUCGUCGGCAAUCUGCUGUACAGCAAGAAGGCCGCCAGUCCGCUCCAGCGCACGCUUCUCGGCGGCUUCACCUUCAUCGCUCUCAAGGGCAUCCUCAAGAUCUAUAUGCGCCAGCGCCAAUAUCUACACAAGAGCCGGCGCCACAUUGUCGACUACACCGAGGAGAAUGUGCGUCAGUAUGCGCCCCCAGCCACGCCCUCGACACAAGCAUCGCGUCAAUUUGCAGGACGAGAUGAGCAGGAAGCAGCAGUAGCAGCAGUAGCUACGGAGACGCUGACGCCCACGCAGGAUGCAGAGGAUGUGCGUCAGCAACUGGUGGUCAGUGUGCCAGAUUGUCCCUAUACACUGCUAAUAAGCUAA